AUGGCGUCGUCGCAAGGUCCGGGUCCAGACCCCAGCGAGCGCAUCUUCGUUGAUCUACGAAGCAAGAAUGACGAGGUCAAGAACAAGGCUGCAGCAGAGCUGCGGGAUUUGAUCACAUUACUCUCAAGAGAAUGGUCCCCCGAACGAUUCAGCGCUUUCUACGACAGAGUUACCACCCGCAUCAGCAACCUCAUCGUCCAGGCCCCCGACCCAAGUGACAAGGUCGGAGGAGUCUUGGCCUUGGAUCGACUCAUAGACUGCGAGGCAAUUGAUCCUGCUCAGAAAGCUUCAAAAUAUUCCAACUACCUGCGGGCAGCUUUGAAGAGCAAUGACUACACUGUACUGGAUGCGGCCAGCCGAGCGCUGGGCCAUCUGGCUCGACCAGGGGGAGCAUACACAGCAGAGCUUGUGGAAGCUGAAAUGACAUCGGCCUUCGAAUGGUUGCAACCGGAAAGCAAGCAAGAAAGCCGUAAACUGGCUGCCGUGCUUCUCAUCCGCGAACUGGCCAAGAAUUCACCUACCCUUGUGUACGGCUUCAUUCCCCAGAUUUUCGAACUGAUCUGGAAUGCCCUGCGAGACCCCAAAGACCUCAUAAGGCGAAUCGCCGCUCAGUCUGUCAGUGCAUGUUUUGGUGUGAUGGUUGCAAGAGACACUCAGUUCCAGAAUCAUUGGUUUGCCAAAAUAUACUCUAAAACCCUCGAGGGUUUCCGACCCAACACGUCGGUUGACGAGACUCUGGGAUCUCUUCUGAUCCUGAACGAACUGCUACAGCAAGGGAACAUGUUCAUGCACGACUUUUACAGAAAUGCGUGUGAAAUUGUGCUGCGGCUUAAGGACCACCGUGACCCAAGGAUCCGUACCCAGAUUGUACAGAUCAUUCCGGUCCUGGCGGAAUACGCCCCGCUCGAAUUCAUCAAUAACUACCUACACAAAUUCAUGAUCUACCUUCAAGCGCAACUCAAGCGGGAGAAGGAACGCAAUCAGGCCUUCAUCGCCAUUGGCCAGAUAGCCGAUGCAGUUGGUAGUGCCAUUGCACAAUAUCUUGAUGGUAUCAUUCUCUACAUCCGUGAAUCACUGAGUGCGAAGACUAAGAAUCGAGCGGCGGUCGAUGAGGGCCCGAUGUUCAAGUGCAUCAGCAUGCUUGCUGGAGCGGUCGGCCAAACACUUAGCAAGUAUAUGGAGGCUCUGCUUGAUCCCAUCUUCGCUUGCGGUCUCACCGAACCCAUGGAACAAGCCCUUGAAGACAUGGCGCACCACAUCCCACCAAUCAGAGCGACUAUUCAGGACAAAUUGUUGGAUCUCCUGAGCUUGAUACUGGUUCGCACUCCUUACAGGCCGCUGGGAUGCCCGCCGAAUACUUCCCCCCCGCUUCCGUCAUUUGCGAAAGACUAUGGUGGCAUGCCUGCUGAGCACAAGGACUACGAGAUUACCCUGGCUCUCAAGACCUUGGGAAAGUUCGAUUUCUCAGGCCAUAUACUUAACGAGUUUGUUAGAGACGUCACGCUUCGCUACGCCACCAACGACAACCCGGAAAUCCGGCGCGCAGCUGCACUCACCUGCUGCCAAUUGUUCAUGCAAGACCCUAUCCUACAUCAGACAAGCAACAACGCUAUUCAAGUUGUUGGUGAGGUGGUGGACAAACUAUUGACAGUCGCAGUUGGUGACCCCGAUGCUGACAUUCGAGUGACUGUCCUUCGAGCCCUGGAUAGGAAAUUCGACAAGCAUUUGGCCCGGCCAGAGAACAUACGCUGUCUUUUUCUGGCUGUCAAUGAUGAGGUUUUUGCAGUUCGCGAGGCUGCCAUCGAAAUUAUUGGCAGGUUGACGACAGUGAAUCCGGCUUAUGUAUUUCCACCUCUGCGGAAGCUGUUGGUCAACCUACUCACCGGACUUGGCUACUCCAAUACAGCAAAGCAAAAGGAAGAGAGCGCCCGCCUCAUCAGCUUAUUUGUUUCCAACGCCACCUCUCUAGUCAGGACCUACGUGGAAGCUAUGGUCUCUGCUCUUCUCCCAAAAGCCACUGACCCAAAUCCAGGCGUCGCUUCGACAACCAUCAAGGCGCUUGGAGAUCUUACUUCUGUUGGCGGAGAUGAAAUGGCUCACCACAUUCCAGAGCUUAUGCCAAUUAUCAUCGACGCCCUCCAAGAUCUCGGUUCACAUGAGAAGCGCGAAGCGGCCAUGAAGACCCUGCGUUCCCUUGCCAUCAAUUCGCAAUAUGUGAUCGAUCCAUAUCUGGACUAUCCCGAACUCCUUGGAAUCCUGAUCAACAUAAUCAAGACAGAAGCCCAUGAGGAGCUAAGGACGGAUGCCAUCAAGUUAGUUGGUGUCUUGGGAGCUCUGGAUCCCUACAAGUACCAACAGCUGAGUGAAUCUGUUGCGGAGAAGCAGAGCAAGACGGAGACGCAACCGGUGUCCGAUGUCGCGUUGAUCAUGCAAGGCUUGACGCCGUCAAAUGAGGAAUUCUAUCCGACAGUCGUGAUCAACACGCUUAUGCAAACCAUACUCGCCGACCAUACGCUCGUCCAGUAUCACAGUGCAGUGAUCGACGCGGUUGUUACUAUUUUCAAGACUAUUGGCAUGAAGUGUGUCCCGUUCCUGGGUCAAAUAAUCCCAGGGUUUCUCGGUGUCAUCCGCAGCUCCCCUCCACCUCGUCUGGAGUCAUAUUUCAAUCAACUUGCGGUCCUUGUCAAUAUCGUGCGUCAACAUAUCCGUGCUUUCUUGCCCGAAAUCAUUGAGGUCAUUCGAGAAUUCUGGAACAUAUCGAGACAGGUCCAGUCCACGAUCUUAUCUUUGAUCGAGGCGAUCUCCAAGUCUUUGGAAGGCGAAUUCCGCAGAUACCUGGCAGGACUCCUACCGCUCAUGCUAGGGGUGAUUGAAAACGACACAGAUCUCAGGAGGGAGUCCUCCAUCCGCAUCCUGCACACUUUUCUGGUCUUUGGAGCUAGUGGAGAAGAAUACAUGCACAUGAUUGUACCGGCGAUUGUUGGCAUAUUCGAGAAUCCGGCUGCACCUCCCAACGCACGUAAGGCAGCGAUUGACACCCUGGGGAAAUUGUCCCGGACUGUCAACGUCACGGACUUUGCGUCGCUGAUGAUUCAUCCAUUGGCAAAGAUACUCUCUUCCCCUGAAAAAGUAGUUACAAAUUCUUCUGAGCGUUCACUGAAGUCCGCUGCGCUAGAUUGCAUCUGUGCACUGAUCUAUCAUCUCGGACAGGAUUUUGUGCACUAUUUGCCUCUUAUCGAACGGUCUACAAAGGCGGGCCAGAUCAAUUCUGAGAGAUUCCAAAAAUUGAUUGAAAAUUUCAAGAGCGGCAAGGCUCUGCCUGUUGACUUCUACCCGGAGGAGCAAUAUGGAGCAACUGCGGAAGACACAACUUACUCCAACAUCACCUCGAUGAGGCUUCCAGUCAAUCAACAACACUUAAAGAGUGCUUGGGAUACCUCUCAGAAAUCAACGAAGGAGGAUUGGCAGGAGUGGAUGCGACGCUUUAGUGUCGAGCUAUUGAAAGAGUCUCCAUCACAUGCUCUGCGGGCUUGCGCAAGUCUGGCUGGUGUUUAUCAGCCACUGGCCAAAUAUCUUUUCAAUUCCGCUUUUGUCUCGUGCUGGACCGAGUUAUAUGAUCAGUACCAGGAACAGCUUAUCCAGUCGUUUGAGAAAGCUCUUAUCUCUCCGAAUAUCCCCCCGGACAUUUUGCAGACACUGCUUAAUUUGGCCGAGUUCAUGGAACACGAUGACAAAUCUCUUGCAAUCGAUCUUCGAACACUAGGACGAUACGCUGCCAAAUGUCAUGCAUUCGCGAAAGCAUUACAUUAUAAGGAACUUGAGUUUGAGCAGGAUCAAAAUAGCCAGAGUGUUGAAGCUCUUAUCAGCAUCAACAACCAACUCCAACAAUCCGACGCUGCUAUUGGCAUUCUCCGGAGAGCGCAGGUCUUCGGCGAAGUCGAAUUAAAGGAGGCAUGGUUUGAGAAGCUGCAGCGAUGGGAGGAAGCUUUGGCUGCAUAUCAGAAGCGAGAGAAGAUUGAACCCGACAAUUUUGACGUUAUCAUGGGGAAGAUGAGGUGUCUGCACGCUCUGGGCGAAUGGAAAAUGCUGUCAGAGAUUGCACAAGAGCAUUGGAACAGCGCCUCGACGGAGAAUCGCAAGAAUAUGUCUGCCCUAGCUGCAGCGGCGGCUUGGGGCAGAGGCGAGUGGGACUUGAUGGAUAACUACAUCAGCGUCAUGAAAGAGAGCUCACCCGACCGAGCAUUCUUCGGUGCAAUCCUCGCCAUUCAACGCAACAACUUCGUGGAGGCUCGCAAUUUUAUCAUCCGGGCUCAAGAUGGUGUCAAUUCAGAGAUUGCUGCAACCAUCGGGGAAUCUUAUAAUCGUGCUUACAGCGUGGUGGUUAGAGCACAAAUGCUUGCAGAGCUUGAGGAAAUCAUCCUUUUCAAGCAAAGCGAGGGUAACAUUGAGAAGCAGAAUGCAAUGAAAGUGUUGUGGAAUAAGAGGCUCCUCGGAUGUCAAUCCAAUGUUGAGGUCUGGCAACGAAUGCUCAAGGUGAGGGCCCUUGUUCUCACCCCUUCAGAGAAUCCGGAUAUCUGGAUCAAGUUUGCAAACCUCUGUCGGAAGUCCGAACGUAUCGGUUUGGCCGAACGAUCACUGGCCUCCUUGGGAGGCAGUGGCAAUCUUGCUGCUACAGGUCCUGGCGCGGCACCACCCCCUGUUGCAUAUGCUCGUCUCAAGUUCACUUGGGCGACGGGAAAUCAACAACAAGCAUUGACCUACCUGCGUGACUUCACAACCCGGCUCGCCGACGAAUACCAACAAGCAAACACUGCUCUGGCAAGUGGUGCACACAACGACAGAAUUAACAACAUGAAUGGUCUUGAUAUGAAUGGACAUGAGACGAUAGCUCAGAGAAGAAGAAACGAGGACUUGGAGAAAUAUGCGAAGCUCCUUGCAAAGUGCUACCUUCGUCAAGGAGAAUGGCAGUCCUACCUUCUGAGAGGUGAUUGGACAAGUCCACGAGCUCAGGAACCUGUGCGAGAUAUCCUCAACUCCUACCAAUUGGCAACAGAAUACAAUGAGUCGUGGUAUAAAGCAUGGCAUGCUUAUGCACUAGCGAACUUCGAAGUCGUCACAUCUAUGGCAUCCCAUACGGAUCAGGAUAAAGUGCGCAACCUUCCCGAGCACGUUAUCCAGAACCAUGUCGUUCCAGCCAUCAGAGGUUUCUUCAGGUCAAUUGCUCUGUCAAGAACAAGCUCGCUCCAAGACACACUCCGUUUGUUGACCCUUUGGUUUGCCCAUGGCGGCCAUAGCGAAGUCAACCAAGUGGUAAUCGAGGGUUUUGCCUCUGUCAGCAUUGAUACCUGGUUAGAAGUUAUUCCCCAAUUGAUCGCUAGAAUCAAUCAGCCAAACGCGAGGGUGCGAGCUGCCGUGCACAGACUAUUGGCGGAAGUUGGUAAAGCACAUCCUCAAGCACUCGUUUACCCAUUGACGGUGGCAAUGAAAUCAUCGGUAGCGCGGCGAGCUAAUUCAGCAACCCAAAUCAUGGAUAGUAUGAGAACACACAGCCCUCGACUUGUCGAGCAAGCAGAUCUGGUCAGCCAUGAACUUAUCAGAGUCGCAGUGCUUUGGCAUGAACUUUGGCAUGAGGGCCUGGAGGAAGCAUCUCGCUUGUACUUUGGCGAUCAUGAUGUGGAGGGAAUGCUUGCAACCCUAGCUCCACUCCACGAGCUCCUUGAUCGAGGCGCCGAAACCCUCAGAGAGGUGUCAUUUGCUCAAGCGUUUGGCCACGAUCUUGCGGAAGCGAGGGCCUUCUGCAACGCUUUUCGCCGAUCAAAAGAAAUCGGGGACCUCAAUCAAGCUUGGGAUUUAUACUAUGCGGUGUUCAGAAAGAUCGCGAGACAGCUCCCACAGCUGAUGAGCCUCGACCUCAAAUACGUGUCUCCUCGACUAAAGGAUGCGCAUGAUCUUGACCUGGCCGUUCCUGGUACCUACCAGUCCGGCAAGCCCAUCAUUAGGAUUGUGAGCUUUGAUCAUGUCCUGACUGUGAUACCCUCCAAACAAAGACCCAGAAAGAUGACACUCAAGGGAUCAGACGGCGUGUCUUACGCAUUCCUCCUCAAGGGUCACGAAGACAUCCGACAAGAUGAGCGUGUAAUGCAGCUAUUUGGCCUCGUCAAUACUCUGCUUAACAAUGACACCGAAUCCUUCAAAAGACAUCUGAACAUUCAACACUUCCCAGCCAUCCCCCUAUCUCAGAACUCCGGGCUGCUUGGAUGGGUGCCGAAUUCUGAUACUCUGCACAAUUUGGUCAAGGAGUAUCGCGAGUCAAGGCGCAUCUUACUGAAUAUCGAGCACAGGAUUAUGCUGCAAAUGGCACCAGACUACGAUAACCUCACGCUCAUGCAAAAGGUGGAAGUUUUCGGAUACGCCAUGGACAACACCACUGGCAAAGACCUGUACCGUGUGCUCUGGCUUAAAUCAAAGAGUUCUGAGGCUUGGCUUGAUCGACGAACGAACUACACCCGCUCACUAGCUGUGAUGUCAAUGGUUGGCUAUAUCUUGGGCCUUGGAGACCGUCAUCCGUCAAAUCUCAUGCUUGAUCGCAUCACUGGCAAGAUCAUCCAUAUUGACUUUGGUGACUGUUUCGAAGUAGCCAUGCAUCGGGAAAAAUAUCCAGAAAGAGUUCCCUUUCGCCUAACACGAAUGCUCACCUUCGCCAUGGAAGUCAGCAACAUCGAAGGUUCGUUCCGCAUCACGUGCGAAAAUGUGAUGCGCGUGAUCCGCGAGAACAAGGAGUCAAUUCUCGCAGUGCUUGAAGCAUUCAUCCACGACCCCUUGCUUAAUUGGCGUCUCAACACUCGAGAGUCCCCCCCCCGACCUCACUUCCGUUCCGAACGGAGACAGAGCAUAAUCGACGCGCCUGGUGCGCAGGGAGGAGACUACGAUCGCAGCCCCAUGGAGAGUGCGAAUAACCCGGCUGCGAUGAUGAAUGCCCAGGGACAGAGUCAUGUUGGCGCACCACCAGGCCGUCGACAUCGACGCAGCAGUGUUCUUGACCCAGCGAUGGUAGGCGGAAGUGUCCUCGACAAGGCCAUGGACAACAAUGCUGCGGCUCAGGAAGCCAAGGAGGUACAAAAUGCUCGAGCAUUGCAAGUCCUGGCCCGCGUGAAAGAGAAAUUGACUGGACGCGACUUCAAGCCCGCUGCACCUGGGACAGCCUCGUACGCAGUUGCAACGGCUCUUCGCGCGGACGUUAACGGACUUGGUCUCGAGUCGCUCAUGAACGUGAAUGGUGGGGCGAUGAACAAUUUAACCAACGGCACAAUCGGGGCCAUAGACAUGCAGGCGCACGGGACACAAGUCUCCAUUGCGGGAACGGCGCCGGAGACGACCAUGGCGGGGAUCGGUGGGUUGGGUGUUGCGGAGCAGGUGGAUCGCUUGAUUCUGCAGGCGACGAAUGUGGAGAAUUUGUGUCAGCAUUAUAUUGGGUGGUGCUCGUUUUGGUGA